UGGAGCUUAACUUACUUUUCAUAGAGGUCCAAAAAAAAAAGCCCUAGGAAAUUUAUUUUUCGGAUCCUGCAGUGAAAGGGCACUCUCGAUUCCUCUGGGAAGUACCGCAUCCGAUUAGACAUUGCGAGAACCCCCAAACCCAGGAGGAAUGCUCCUCAAUUUAGAGAGAGAGAGAGACGCCAAAUCAAAUCUAGAGAGAGAUAGAGGGAGAGGGCUCAUCCUUAGCAGGUGGGAAGCACCACCAGAAAGGCCGCUCGUAUUUUCUCUCUCGAUCGCAAGAAACAACUUCUGAGUUACCUCCAACCCCACUUUCUCUCUCUACCAAACCAUCUCCCUCUCCACCCAUCACACCACUCUCUCUCCAUCGUCGCUGCGAUUUCUUAAUUCCUCCGUACUUUUUACCCCACAAUCACUUUCUCUCUCUACAAUUCCAGCUGCAUUACCGCCCAUUUGGAGCCUGGACUCUCAUAAUGCAUACUCAGUGUCUCCAUGUAUGCCCUAAUUUCAAGCAAAUUCUCCGUCUCCCCAAAACGCACAUCGAAAACUCCCUAGGCUUCUCCUCCUCUGUAAUCCCAUUAAAGAAUACUUCAUCUUUCAUCCAUUGCAGCGGAGCUUCGGUGAUUUGCAGUGUGCACAGUGACAAACGCAAUAAACAUGGAGGGAGAGACAAACAGAAGGGGGCUCUUAAGCAUAAAGAGAAUGUAUGGAGUAUCGACAAUGAACAAUCAAAAGCUGCUAUGGGGCCUUCGAGAAAUCCAAGUAGGAGGCCUAGACUGAGAAACUCAAAGAGAAGGAACAGGAGUGGUCGAGUGAUUGUCACUGCUGCUAUGUUAAUGGAGAUUGAGAAAGUUUUGCAAACACAGGAGCCCGUUAUAAAACCAGUUUGGAAUACCUUUGUGAGCAGUGUUAGUGGGAUAUGGAAGGGUGUCGGAGCUGUAUUCUCUCCAUUCACUGCUGAAAUGGAGCCCAUUGGGAUUGGAAACCAGAAUGAGAACAUGUAUGAUUGCUUCACUCUUUUGGAAAUUGAGAAGGAGAGCCCUUCAUCAGGAGGUGGGGUUCCUCAACUACAUAGGAAAAUCAAUUGGGUAGUUCUGAACCCUUUUGGUGAGGUGCCACUGCAGAUCAAACACCACAAUGGUGGUAAGAAAGGGGAAGGGGAAGAGAAAGAGGGAGUUAAGUUUGAUAAUAUUGAAAUAAAACAUAUAUUGCCCUGCAUUGAAUCGUUUGACUUUAGAGGAAGUGAUAUACUAGAGGAGGAUUCCAUGGGAAUGGAGCCAGGUUUGGUCUUUUUUGAGGAUGGCUCAUAUUCCAGAGGCCCUAUGUCUAUACCAGUGGGAACAUUUGAUGAGUCGAAGUAUUAUCUUUCUCCUACUUUCAAGUUCGAACAAUGCUUGGUUAAGGGAUGCCACAAACGGCUGCGUAUUGUGCAUACCAUAGAGUUCAAAGAUGGGGGAUCGGAUAUACAAAUAGUAAGAGUUUCUGUUUUCGAAGAACAGUGGGUCAAUCCUACCAAUAUGAAAGAUGCAAGUGAUGGGGAGUUGGAUUUGAAGCCUUUUUCUCAAAGGAAGCGAACCGCGCCAUCAGAGCUAGCAGGUUCAUGGAAGGUGUUUGAAGUUGGAGCAACCCCAAUUUCUGGAGAGGAGGGGGAAGAGGAGAGCACAAGCAAAGAAGGGAGGCCUCCCUUUGUAUACCUGUGUAUGGAGACUCUAAAGAAGAGAAGCCUACCAGAGAGCUCUGCCUACUUUGGCGAAGAAGACAUUCUUGACAUGCAAGAUGUGACCAUUCUUUGGCUACCGGGCGGGGUCACUGGUUAUGUGGAUGUGAAGAAAGAUGAUGUGCUUUGUAUUGGGGUGGGGUGGUAUUCUGAUGAAGGGAUCAAUCUAGUGAUGGAGAGAGACUAUGGAUCUGAUGGCAUGUUGAAGGAAGUUCGAUGGAAAUCCGAGGUAAAGAGAAGGUGGGCUGCUGAUCCUGUUACCUUGUAAACAGGUCUCUGUCUUUUUCCAUUGUUCUCCUCCUUUGUGGAAAGGUAAAGGACUGUAUUGGGCAUUAUUUUCAUUGGGAGUACAGUUUUGCAUAUCUUUAUUUAUUUUUGUUUUUAUUUUUAUUUUAGAAGUUGGUGGCUAGCUUGAGGAAGUUACAUUCCAAAAUAUAGGGCCCUAACAAUAGUCCUGCUGCGGAGUAUACUUAGAAAAAUGGGAAAUAGCAAUGUAUUGGCAGACCAAAAAAACAAUAUUAAAUCCCUUUUGGUCC